AAUUUUUGGUUAAAUUAAGCAAUAUUCAUAAAAACCAGUAUCAAGUAUUUUAUGCAAGAAGCAGUAUAAUUAGGCUAAAGGAGAGGUUCAUCAUCGGACAUUAAAACUAUUUAUUAACCAUAAGGGAUAAGUUAAGUGUAGUAAAUGUACUAAAAAUAUAAUGAAGUUCCUAUUGCGGUUGGAAGAUCACAAAUAAUUCCUGAAUAACAAUAACAGCAAUAGAUUUAUCUUUAGCAAUAGUAGGUAUAAUAAAUUAACAGCUAAUUAUUAGCUAAUAAUGGUAAUCUUAUGAGAGGAAUAGAAAAAAAUUAAGCAUAGCCAAUAGCAAGUUAUAAUGAUAAUAGAAACUUGAGUGAAGCGGGCGAUGGCCUAUAUAAGAACAAUUAGUAUUAUGAAAAUUAAGAGAUUAUUAAUGGCCAGUGUUUUUAACAAUAAUCAUAAUACCCUUUCUCGUGUAUAGGAACUCUAAGGCAAGAAGAAAAUCCAAACGAUUUAUUUGCUGAAGCUCUUUUAGUAGGCCCUUACCAUGUAAUAGUGCUGGCAAGUCAAAUGAAAAAGCUGAUAGUAACUUCUGAUCAAAAUAUCACAAAGAGGCUAUACUUCUAAUAUUUUGGCAAAGAAAUUAAUGUCAAAGAUUUUUUUUUAAAUAGUUCUAACUAGUACGCUAUAGCCCUACUUGAGUAAGAUAUUGGAGCCGAGUAUGGAUAUUUAGGCAUAAUUAAUGCUAAAAUAGACUAUUUCAUAAAUAUGAUAUAAAAGUAAAAAAGUAUUGGCGAAAGUUGCAUAAUUAACAUGAAUAAGCCUAGCCAAAAAUAUGAAAUAAAUGAUAUUAGCUUUAAGUAGCUUAAAAUAAAUUCAAUAAAUAAUGUCUAAGAGAGCGAUUCUUAGCAAUAAAAUUAUUUAUCUUCUUAAUAGAAUAUGACUAAAGGUUGGUACAUCAUCAAGGAUGAACAGUUGGGAUAUUGUAUUAUUGGUUAUUCUCAAAAUAGUACAAUACCUUUUAUCAACACGAUGCAGAUAGAAAGAUGGAUGUCAUCGAGUGAUGAGACAGUACAUGCAGAUAAUUUUAGUUUUGUGGCUUCAACUAAAAUGGAUAUUAAAGACUUAAAUGAUAACGCUAUUUCUAAGGCUCACUCUUCUGGAAUAUAUAAAAUUUGUAGAAUUAAUCAUGAAAUAGUUGUUAGCAGUAGCUGUGAUAAUUCAAUCAAAUUCUGGGAUCCAAUCUCAAAGUCUCUUAUAAAAAACUAUUAAAAUGAUCAAUGCUGCAGGAAUUUUUGCAUUUCAGAAGAUUAAUAGUACUUAUUUGGUACAUGUGAUAAUUAUAUAUUUAGAAUGAAAUGGAAAUCAAACUACCAAAUAGAUAAAGCCUUUUCUUGCUAAGAUAAAAUAUACAGUAUUUGUAAAAUCAAGAUUGAUGAAAAGACAGGGCAUGAUAUAAUUGCUGCAGGAGAUGCUCUUGGAAACAUAUAUAUUAUUGAUGCUACUUAAAUGUAACAAAUUUAGAUUAUACCAAAUUCUACCACAAAUAAAAAUGGACAUGUGUCAAGUCUUAAUUCUAUUUGCAAAAUCAGCAACAAUCAAAUAGCUACAGCAGGAGGUGGAGGCUAACUUAAAAUUUGGAUGUGGGAAGACGGAUUUUUAGUGAAAAAUUUAGAAGGCCACAACACUCAAAAGAACAUUUAUUUCGUAGAUAAGCAUCCUGAAAAAGAAAAUUAAUUAAUAACUGCAAGCAGCGAUCAAACUAUAAGGGUUUGGGAUAUCAGCACUGGAUAGCAAGUGAAGAAAAUUCUUGUCAAUAAUUCUAUUUAUUGCGCUGGUUUUCUGAAUGAGUAUGAAUUAGCUGUAGGUGACUUCAAUCUUAUAAGAAUAUUCAAUUUAAGGACAUGGCAAUAUAAAAAAAUUGAUAAACACACAUGUAGAAUUAACACUAUUUGCUCACUAAAUGAAAGAAGCUUUGUUAGUGGAGAUAUAGAAGGAAAUAUUUUUUUAUUUAGCUUUGAAGAUGAUAAUAAAAACCAAGAAAUCCUUAUCGAAGGUAUCUAAGGUGACUCUAAAGUUCAAAAUAACUAAAGCUCUUAGUUUAAUAAAACAUAUAAAAUAGUUUAUCCUAAUUACUAAAAUUUCGGUGAAGUAAGUAGAUUUAGACAACACACUGAUGCAAUUGAGUUAUCUUUUGAAAGACUUGAGAACUAAAGUGUUAAAAACCCAGAGAGUGCUCAAAAACCUGCUAGCGAAUAAAAACAACUAAUUACCAAUAAGCCUUAGUAAGCAAAUUAAGAUACUCUCAAUCAGAAAAACUAAAUCCAAAAUCACAGCUUUGGUCAAUAGCCAGUAAAAAUUCAAAAGUAACAAGAAAAUCCAGUAACAAUGAGUACUCCAUUAAAAUAAGCAGCUGUGGUGGACAGAACUAGAUAAAAUUCAGUACAUCUUAUUUAAAUGAUUCCUCAGUAGAAUAGUGCUGCUUAGUAAAUAAGAGAAUAGGAAGGGGUCUAAGAUUUUUCUGAAAACUAAAAUCUUGCUGCUUUAUCUGGUAAAAAAUAAAGCCUAGAUAAUAAUUAGAAGAAUAAUUUUUCUUCUAUUUAAGAUUCACAAAACUUUGCUAAGGGUAAUAGCAUCUACAACAACGGUAAUUUUAUUAGUAGCGAGAAAAAAGAUUUCUCUUAUAAUUAUAAAAAUCCAUAUUAAGACUCUAUUAAUAAUGGUAGUAAUAAUAACUCCUUUAUAAAUGUUCCCAACAAUAUUUCUCAGAGUGAAAAAAAAAUUGAAAGAAAAAAUUCUUUUGAAAUGGAUAAUAUAAAAAGAGACAAUGCACAAGAUUCUAAUUAAAUCAAUAGUUUUAUUAAUGCGUAAGGUAUUAAAAACCCAGUAAACAUUUCUUCAUCUUCCACUGCUAACUUAUAAAAAAUAGGAAGUCCUGUAAAUUUAUAAUUUUAAAAUCAGUAAAAUUAGGUUCAAAUUCAACAAUACAAAGUCUAAUAAAAUAAUAUUAAUCCUAUCAAUCCAUAUGAAAGAAAAAGAAGUAACAGUGUUGUCAAGGUGUCAUUAAACUAAAACGUAGAUGAAUAAUUUUUAGCUUGCCAAUAAUAUCUACCUUUGCAGAAUAAUUCUAACUAAAAUUAGAUUUACCAACCUCCCUGCAACAGCAACAAUAAUAAUAACAAUAAUAACUAGUAAAUUAAUAUAAAUAAUCAAUCCCUUAAUUAAGUAACAAACCAAUAUGGAGGAAGAGUUAUAGUUGUUCCGAGAAGCUCAAGUGCAGCUAAAUUGAGUGCCUAAACUUAGCAAUAAUAAAAUAAUCACCUUUCUAAUAACAUGAGCUCAGCUACAGCUGCUUAGAAUCAACUCAGUUCAAAUCCUUACAACUCUCCAAAUUCAAUUUAACAAGUUAUGAUUAACAAUAUUAUAUAUUAAAAACUUAACCAAAACAAUAGUAAUGUUGUUAGCUCACCUUUUAAUCAGAUGAUGCAAAAUUAAAUGAAGCAAAUUUAAACAAAUUAAAUAAAUUACCUUUAAUAAGCAGUAACACCCACUCAAUAGACUAAUUCAUCUGCUUAGAAAGACAUUUAAUCUCCUUAAAUAUAUACUAACCCCAAUAAUAAUAGCAAUGAGAACUUACAUAAAAUUAAUUAAAAUAACCCAAGAGAAUCUUUUGGAUCUAAAGUGAGAAGUUUCACUCGUACUCCAGAGAAGACACCAAUCUCUUAGUCUUUAGCUCCUUCACCUGUUCCAUAAAUUUAGCAAUAGCCUAACCUAGUUUCUAACCAAGUCAACAGCCAAUAUAAACCAUCCAUAUUAAGAGAAAGAAAUCAAGGAAAUAGCAUGGAUUUAGGAAAUCAUAACAAUAAUUAAAGCUUUAAAAAUGAAAAUGAUGAUAACAACUUAUACUAAAAAGAUAGUAAAAUGAGAUAAACUUACGAAAAUCAUAUUUAACACUUAAAGAGUGAAAUUCAAAAAUUAGAGUAGAGCUGUGACAGUAAAAAUGAGAUGAUUUCUUUAUUAACAAAGGAAAAAACUGAAAUGUUUGAAAUAAUCAACUAACUCAAAAAAGAGCUAGAGCUCACUAAAUUAAAUCAAGAUAAAGAAAAUAAGUCUAAAUAUGAAAUUAUGUAAUGCUCAAAUAAGCUAUCAGAAAUAAGUUUACUAAAUGAUGAGCUGAUUAAAAAAAUUACUCACUAUUAAGAGCAAGAGAAGAAAAAUUAAUAAAUUCUUUCAGAUUUGAUCAACUCAAAUAGCCUAUUAAAUGAAAAAAGUGAACAGCAACAGAAAGAGAGUAAUGAAUUAGAGUCCCUGGCCUUUUAAUUAAAAUAAUAAAUUCAAGAAAGAGACUAGCACAUCUCCAUGCAACAAAAUCGCAUAUAAGAUUUAGAAAAUCAAAACAAUAUUUUAAAUCAAAAGUUAGAAGUUACUCAGAGAUACAAUGAAGAAGAAGUUUAAAAUUUAUAAAAAUAACUAGCUGAAAAAGAAAGAUAUAUUUCAACCAUAUUAAAAGGCUAGUCAGUUUAUGGUUUGCAAUCUUUGAAUGAAUAGUAAAAGUAAUCAAAGGCCAUCUCGAAAUACUUCUCUGAAAAAGAAAGCAUAUCAGAAAUAAAUCCAUAUGAGACUGAAAAUAACAGAACAAAUACAUAUCAAGAAUAAGAUUCGUCGUUGCUUUUUAAAGUUGAAAAAGAAGAAGAAAAAUAGUCUGCUAAAUUUUAGAGCCACUCAAACAAUGACUCUGAGUUCACAAGUAAGGACUUAAAGGAUAAGUAUAAGAAAAUAGAGAUAAUGGCAUCGCUAAGAAGUGCUCAAGAUGAAUGCAUAAACUUGAAAUCAUAAAUACAAAAACUUAGACAAGAAUAUGGAGAUUAAGUAGAGUUAACUGAAAAAUAUAAUUAAUUAAAUGAAAGCUUUAAGCAAAAAUCUAGAGAAGUUGAUAACUGGCGUAAAAUAUACAACGAAAUUUAUGAAAAGCAGUGA